UGUCCCUCGUUUCUUCUACUCUCGCUGUUUUGGUUAUUUACUUAUACUUCGCUCGCUUAUACUACACUCGCUAUAGACAGGAACAGAGAGAGAGAAGAUCAGACGAGAUGGCAAAACGCGACAGCCUGACAGUAUGGCUCCCGAAAGAAAUGUACGGCUCCGUCGAGCCCUUUGCCGACGACAGAUUCAUCUGGUGCCCGAUGCCCUUUGACAAUUCACUGCCAGUUGAGCAGACAUCAUUCAUCGAUAUGGGCGGCGACGAUGAGAACGACAGUAACAACAACGAGCCCGCACAACAACAUCCCGACAAUGACCAACCGAUAAUAGACUACGACCUUCCCGCUCCGCCGCCCGCGGCCGUGUUAGCGGGGCCGGCGACGGACAUGUCUCCUUCGGAAACCGAAUCCGAACGAGAGUUUCCCCUGCGGCAGACUAGUCAAAAUCUCGGCCGGGGACGGCGGGGGAGAUCCCGGAAGAUGAGACCGGGGAGGCAGCAAAAGCACAGGCAUGCCGGGUCCGAGAGCCGGGGGUUUUCGGUACAUUUGGGGUUGAACCUUGAUAUCGAGGUAACUCUCAAGGCGAGGAUAUUUGGCGACUUGGAGAUUAGCGCUUUGUAAGUUUGCUCCUUGGGGAUCUCUCUCGGUUGGGAGUUGGACGUACAUCUU